CACGGUGGAUCGCAGAGGAGCAAGAAUGGAAGCACGAAGGCCUGCCCACAGCAUCCAGGCGAGGGUUGUGAGGCCGAGGGAGAAAUCCCUCAUGGCUGCCAUCCAUGCGCAUCUUUAGGUUUGCCGGAAACAGGUCGGUAGGGAACGCGCCAGAUUGCUGCAGGAGCAGAGGACUCACUCUCCCAGAAUAGCGUUAAGCGAGCGGGUUGCAAUGGUGACGCAACAUCUGCGAGCCUCGACCCAGGCGUCUGGGUCCACCGGCCGCCGGGGCGGGAGCAGCCCCCUCGCGGGGGCGCCCGACCAGUCAGAGCCAGCCGGACCAGCCCGCCGCCCCGCCGGAAGUGCCCUCUCGGCCCGCUGCACCGCGCCGCGGGAAGAUGGCGCAGGAGGCAGGCGACAUGGAAGAUGGGCAGCUUUCUGACUCGGAUUCCGACAUGACGGUAGCACCCAGCGACAGGCCGCUGCAGGUGCCGAAAGCACUAGGUGGGGACUGUGCAGUGAGGCCCUUCCAGAGUACUGCAACAGUGUGUGCUCCAGUAUCACAUUAUCGGACUGUUAAAAGUGUGGAUUCAAGUGAGGAGAGUUUUUCGGAUUCAGAUGAUGAUAGCUCUCUCUGGAAGCGCAAACGACAAAAAUGUUUUAACACUCCUCCCAAACCAGAGCCUUUUCAGUUUGGCCAGAGCAGCCAGAAACCGCCUAUUGCUGGAGGGAAGAAGGUUAACAACAUAUGGGGUGCUGUGCUGCAGGAACAGAAUCAAGAUGCAGUGGCCACUGAACUUGGUAUCUUGGGAAUGGAGGGCACUAUUGACAGAAGCAGAGAAUCCGAGACGUACAAUUAUUUGCUUGCUAAGAAACUUAAGAGGGAAUCCCAAGAGCAUACAAAAGAAUUAGACAAAGAGCUAGAUGAAUAUAUGCAUGGUGGCAAAAAAACGGGAUCAAAGGAGGAGGAAAAUGGGCAAGGCCAUCUCAAAAGGAAACGACCUGUCAAAGACAGACUAGGAGACAGACUAGAAAUGAACUAUAAAGGCCGAUACGAGAUCACAGAGGACGAUUCUCAAGAGAAAGUGGCUGAUGAAAUUUCUUUUAGGUUGCAGGAACCAAAGAAAGAUUUGAUAGCCCGAGUAGUGAGGAUAAUUGGGAACAAAAAGGCAAUUGAACUUCUGAUGGAAACUGCUGAAGUUGAACAAAAUGGUGGCCUUUUUAUAAUGAAUGGUAGUCGAAGAAGAACACCAGGUGGAGUUUUCCUGAAUCUCCUGAAGAACACUCCUAGUAUCAGUGAGGAACAAAUUAAGGACAUUUUCUACAUUGAAAAUCAAAAGGAAUAUGAAAAUAAAAAAGCUGCUAGGAAGAGAAGAACACAAGUGUUGGGAAAAAAGAUGAAACAAGCUAUUAAAAGCCUAAAUUUUCUAGAAGAUGACGAUACAUCACGAGAGACUUUUGCAAGUGACACAAAUGAGGCCCUGGCCUCUCUUGAUGAAUCACAGGAAGGACACGGAGAAACAAAGUUGGAUGCAGAGGAAGCCAUUGAGGUUGAUCAUUCUCAUGAUUUGGACAUCUUUUAGGACAUUUUGAGAAAUAAGCCUUUCUAAGAUAACAUUGUAAUAAACCAUUUCUACUGAGAUUGCUUUAUUUUACUUUGCACUGAUAAACCCAAAAAUCUGGAGAGAACUGUUGUCUUGUUUUAAAUAAAAUUGAAUAUGUGGGAGAUGAAUGCAAUAAGAACAUUUAAAACUUUCUCAUGUCUGACAGAAGUAUAUAGCAGAGGAUUUAAUUUCUCAGUCUUUUGCAUGUGCUAAUCAUUACUAGUUGAUAAUCAGUUUUGUCCAGGUCAUUAUAA